ACUACUUGUCAACUCGUGGAAGCUUUUAGAGGAUUUGUAUAAUUUGUUGGUCGCCGACACUCUCUUCACACCAGACAUUCCUUUUCCUUUAUAGAUCUGAGUUGCAAGUCAUGGAGCACCUUGUUUCAAGCUGGUGCAAUGGUCGAUCCUUGCCAGAAUCAUAUAUACUCCCACCGGAAAAAAGACCAGGGAAGCUCACUGUUCCUCUAGCCAACAAUAUUCCAGUGAUUGAUCUUAGGGGUCAUGAUCAAACAGAUUUAAUUCAACAAAUUCUGGAAGCUUGCCAAGAGUUUGGAUUUUUUCAGGUGAUCAACCAUGGAGUCCCUAGCAACUUAAUGGAUGAGGCCAUGAGUGUUUUUAAGGAGUUUCAUGCAUUAUCUGCCAAGGACAAGGCAAUCGAAACUUCAAAGGACCCCAGUAAGAGCUGCCACAUCUACACAAGCAGUCCAAAUUAUGCAACUGAAAAGUUUCACUUCUGGAGGGAUGGAUUGGUGCAUCAUUGUAAUCCUCUAGAGAAAUACAUCCAAUUUUGGCCUGAAAAACCACCUAGAUAUCGAGAAGUUGUUGGGCCAUAUACAGCUGAAGUAAGCAAGUUGGGCUUUAGAAUUUUGGAGUUCAUUUCCCAAGGCUUGGGAAUCAGCCUUGGUGGACUUGGUGGAAAUCAAGCACUGGUGGUCAAUCACUAUCCGCCAUGCCCAGACCCAAGCUUAACCUUGGGCUUGGGCAAACAUAUGGACCCAGUUUUCAUUAAUAUUCUUCUUCAAAGUGAUGUAUACGGGCUUCAAGUCUUCAAGGAUGAGGAAUGGAUUGGUGUAGAACCCAUUCCUAACGCUUUUGUGGUUAACGUUGGUUAUCCGUUGCAGAUUAUCAGUAACGGGAAGCUGAAAGGUGCUGAACAUCGAGUGGUGACAAAUUCAAAUGUAGCUCGAACAACUGCUUCCUACUUUAUUAAUCCAUCAAAUGAAACACUUAUAGAACCAGCAAAAAGUUUGGUUGACGCAAGCUACCCAGCGCUUUAUAAGUCCUUGCUAUACAAAGACUUUCUUAUCAAAUACAUAGCUGCUUCUACUGACAGUAAAGCAUUAGAGGAGGCUUUACGUGCUACUGUAUGAUUUCCUGUGAGAUAAAAGCUAUUGUACUUCAUGAAUAAAUGUAUGGCCAUUGAUAUCAAACAAGCAAACAUUAGUUGGUUAACAUCAAACUAGCAAACUGCAAAACCCUAAAGUUAGGUCGAUCAUAAUGAUAAAUGUCACAUCCAACUCUCGUUUGGAAUUGGUUUGUACUACAUUGCACUAAUAAUAUGAUGAGCUCUGUUAAUGGGUGCUUUUAGAGAA